AUGGACCAAACUCCACAAAAUAAAGAAGACUACUUCCAACUCGUUCCCCGUUGUUAUACUGAAAUGGUCGAUCUUCCAGUCAUAGAAAUAGAUGGCAUAAACCAUCAAUCUCGACGAACUAUCAUCGUUGAAGACAUUGCAAAUGCUUGUAAAACUUACGGUUUCUUCCAGAUUGUCAACCAUGGAAUACCCCAAAAAGUUUUGGAUGGAGCUCUUUCAACGGCAUCAAGUUUCUUCGAGCUGCCGACCAAUGAGAAGAUGAAAUACAGGUCAGAUGACGUCAAAAGUCCGGUUCGAUAUGGAACUAGCCUAAAAGAUAAUGCCAAAUAUAGGAGAGUUGUUCUCAAACACUACGCGAAUCCACUGGAUAAGUACAUUGCUCUCUGGCCUGAUAACCCUCAUGACUACAGGGAAAAGAUGAGUGAAUAUGCAAAGGCUACACAAAAGUUGGGAGUAUCACUCAUGGGAAUCAUAACUGAAGGACUAGGUCUUGGCCCUGAAUACAAAUCCGAUAAAAUGGUCAAAGGAGUCCAAGCCAUAAUGGUCAACAGCUAUCCGCCCAAUCCCGCGGCCGCGCAGCCGGAUCUCGAGCUCGGACUUCCACCGCAUUCCGACUGCUCUUGCCUGAGCAUCGUCCUCCAAGGCUCGCGAGGCCUACAAAUUCAAGAUUCCGACGGGAUUUGGAGGGAUGUUUCGUACGUUAAGGGUGCUUUAGUAGUGAAUAUUGGUGAUUGUGUUGAGGUGAUGAGCAAUGGGGUAUAUAAAAGCGUGGUUCAUAGGGUGAAGAUUUUGAGUAAUAAUUUUACUAGAAUAUCCAUUGCUAGUCUUCAUAGCUCUGCAUUGGAUGAGAAGGUGGAGGUUGCGGAAGAGCUUGUUGAUGAUGAAAAACGUCCCAAGGGUUAUAAAGAGAGUACCUUUAAUGAUUUUCUCAAUUUCAUUUCGAGAAAUGAUAUCUCCGAGGGAAAUUACUUCAUUGACACCCUCAGGCUAGUUCAAAGUUUCGUCGUCCCAAAAUAA